UAAUCGUCGUGCUCGCUUCGUGGUCGCGAUUCUCACCGGCGCGAGAACAUUUUCUCGCUAUUUGGUACGUUUCUCGGUAACGAUGGCGGCCGAAACUAGUCCUUUGAAGGAGAUCAUGAAUAAUGGAGAAAAUACCAAGAGCAAUGCUUUUGCUGCAAAGAAGAAAAAACGACUGUCAGUUGAGCGGAUCUACCAAAAGAAGACACAGUUGGAACACAUUCUUCUCCGUCCAGACACUUACAUUGGCUCUGUUGAGCCAAUCAAACAGAACAUGUGGGUUUAUGAUGCAGAGACUGAUGCCAUUGUGAGUAAGGAAAUCACUUAUACGCCUGGUCUCUACAAGAUCUUUGAUGAACUUUUAGUGAAUGCAGCAGAUAACAAGCAGAGAGACCCUGCCAUGGGCUGUGUUAAAAUAACCAUUGAUGCAGAUAGUAACACUAUCAGUGUUUGGAAUGAUGGACGUGGUAUUCCUGUGGAGAUGCAUAAAGAACAGAAAGUUUAUGUUCCUACAUUGAUAUUUGGCCAUCUUCUAACGUCCAGUAACUACAAUGAUGAGGAGAAAAAAGUCACAGGCGGCAGGAAUGGUUAUGGUGCAAAACUUUGUAAUAUCUUCAGCACAAAAUUUGUUGUGGAAACUUGUUCCUCUGACUCAAAUAAGAAGUUCAAACAGACCUGGACAAACAACAUGGGAAAAGUUACAGAGCCUAUUGUAAAGGAUUUUAGUGGAAAGGACUUCACUUGUGUUACAUUCAAACCUGACCUGGCAAAGUUUAAAAUGGAAAGUCUUGAUAAAGACAUUAUCUCACUCCUCUCCAGGAGGGCAUAUGAUGUUGCUGGAUCUGUUAGAGGAAUUUCUGUAUAUCUCAAUGGAAAGAAGUUACCUGUUACUCAGUGUGGUGUUGUUGAACAUAUCAUGAACUGGGUGAAAUUCAAGGCACAGUCUCAACUCAACAAGAAGUGUCAAAAGAGCAAACACAGCAAGAUUCGUGGAAUUCCCAAAUUGGAUGAUGCUAAUGAUGCUGGCAGUAGAAACUCAAUGCAAUGUACACUAAUUCUCACUGAGGGUGACUCAGCCAAAACACUGGCUGUAAGUGGCUUGAGUGUAGUUGGUAGAGACCGUUUUGGAGUGUUUCCCUUGCGUGGUAAACUGCUUAAUGUCAGGGAUGCAUCACACAAGCAGAUUCUUGAAAAUGCUGAGAUCAAUAAUCUUAUCAAGAUACUUGGCCUUCAAUACAACAAGAAGUACUCAUCUGAGGAAGACUUGAAGAGUCUAAGAUAUGGCCACCUUAUGAUAAUGACAGAUCAAGACCAAGAUGGCUCUCACAUCAAGGGACUCCUCAUCAACUUCAUCCAUAGUAAUUGGCCUACCCUUACACGCUUACCUUUCCUGGAGGAGUUUAUUACUCCCAUCGUUAAGGUCAGUAAAGGCAAAGAGGAGAAAGCAUUCUACAGCAUUCCUGAAUAUGAGGAAUGGAAAAACAGCAUGGUCAAUGUCAAGUCUUGGAAAGUAAAAUACUAUAAAGGUUUGGGUACGAGCACUCCCAAGGAGGCCAAAGAAUACUUUGCUGACAUGAGACGUCAUCAGAUUCAGUUCCACCAUGAAGGUGCACCAUGUGAUGAAGCUAUACUUAUGGCAUUCAGUAAGAAGAAAGUUAAUGACAGGAAAGACUGGCUCAAUCGUGCAAUGGAAGAUCGCAAGUGGAGAAGGCAACAAGGGCUUUCAGAGGUUUACUUAUAUGAGAAGGACACCAGGUCAGUUUCAUAUUCUGACUUUGUCAACAAAGAACUUGUUUUAUUCUCCAAUGCUGAUAAUGAACGAUCAAUCCCAUGUUUGGUGGAUGGUUUAAAGCCCGGUCAAAGAAAGGUACUCUUCACCUGCCUUAAAAGGAAUGACAAAAGAGAAGUAAAAGUUGCUCAACUUGCUGGAUCAGUUGCAGAACUGUCUGCAUAUCACCAUGGCGAGGCAAGCCUGAUGGGAACAAUCAUCAACUUAGCACAGAAUUUUGUGGGCAGCAACAACUUGAAUCUUCUGAUGCCAGUUGGUCAGUUUGGCACUCGUCUCCAUGGAGGCAAGGAUGCUGCUAGUCCUCGUUACAUCUUCACUAUGAUGAGUCCUUUAACAAAGCUAUUGUUUCAUGCUCAUGACAUGCCCAGCCUCACAUACCUGUUUGACGAUAACCAGCCUGUUGAACCUGAGUGGUAUUGCCCUAUAAUUCCUUUAGUUCUAGUCAAUGGGGCUGAGGGGAUUGGCACUGGGUACAGCACCAAGGUGCCUAACUUUGAUGUUCGGCAAAUUAUUAGUAAUCUGAAGAAGAUGAUCAAUGGAGAGGAACCAGAAGAGAUGAUACCAUCAUUCAAGAACUUCACUGGUACCAUUUCUCAAAUUGAUAGCCACAAAUUCCUUGUGCAAGGCAAUGUGGAAGUUGUUGACAACAAGACCAUAGAAAUAUCUGAACUGCCAGUUGGCAUCUGGACACAGGUUUACAAAGAAAAUGUUUUGGAACCAAUGCUCCAUGGUUCAGAGAAAAUUCCUCCAAUUCUGACGGAUUACAAGGAAUACCACACAGAUGUAACAGUGAAGUUUGUACUUAAUAUGGCUGAGGACAAGCUGGCUGAGGCAGAGGCAACUGGAUUACACAAGAAAUUUAAACUUGAAGCUUCAAUUAACACCAGCAAUAUGGUUUUGUUUGAUGCCUUGGGUUGUCUGCGCAAGUAUGAGUCGCCACUAGACAUACUUAAGGAAUUCUUUGAGCUUCGUUUGGAAAAAUAUGCUGUACGUAAAGCAUGGUUAGAUGGAAUGCUGACUGCAGAAUCAACCAAGCUCAGUAGUCAAGCUCGUUUUAUCUUGGAGAAAAUUGAAGGACAAAUUAUCAUAGAGAACAGAACCAAGCGCGACAUAGUUACCACUUUGGUGCAGCAUGGAUACCCAUCUGAUCCUAUCAAGGCUUGGAAAGACACACAAAAGUCCAGUGCACCUGAUGAGGGAGAUACAGAUGAUGCUUCCAGUGUGGCAAGUUCCACAUCAAGCGCUGGUGGACCUGACUUUGGGUACUUGUUGUCCAUGUCAAUGCUGUCUCUCUCUCGAGAAAAGAAGGAAGAGCUAUUAAAAGAGAAAGAUAAUAAGUUGGAGGAGCUGAACAUAUUAAGGAGGAAGUCACCACAAGACCUCUGGUUGGAAGAUCUUGAUAGCUUUUUUGAAGAGCUCGAGCGAGCUGAGCAACAGGAAAAGGAAGAUCAAGAAAUGUACGUAAAGUCCAAGGCAGGGCGCUCACAGCAGCAGAAAAAGAAACCAUCAAAGCCAGCAAAGAAAACUGAAAAUAAACCCAAGACGCUUGCUACAAAUGAACAAGAAAAGAAAAACAUGCAACAUAAGAGCAAGGAAACAGCUCCAAAGAAAGAAAACAAGAGUGACGACUCCUGGGAGUUUGACGACAUAGAUGCAGGUCCUCCGGUGAGAUCACUCGCUGACAGACUUGCUCAGCGACAGAGCCAGAAGUUGCCCAUCUCGUUCACAUCAUCGUUAGCUGGCAGUGGUGCUGAGACAACCAGCAGUUCUGCUGCAAAGGGAAAAACGCAAUCUUCGCUGGAGGUGUUCAGUUCAAAGAAGAAGGUUAGGAAAGCAGCAGAGAGUGAUGACGAUUUUAUUAUGGAGUUCAGCGAUGAAGAGGAUGGACCGCCUGUAGAGAAAAGGGCCGCUAGAUCUCGUCCUGCUAAGACGUACUCUUUUAGUUCUGACGAUGAUGAUGAUGAUGAUGAUGAUGAUCUUACGGUCACGGCGGUGAAAACCGGAAAGCCAUCUAAGGAAGGAAGUGUUGAUAGCGAUGCCGAAUCAGAUAAAAGUGACGUGCAAGCUACUCGUGCUCUGAUUCAAAAGCUCUCCCCUGCUAAACCCGCAAAGACCACUAGUUCACGGCCAAAUAAACCAUUAAAGGGUGGUGAAUCAAUUAAAUCUACGAAGAAACAACCAGCUAAGACCACUACAGCAGCAGAGAAGAAACGCACCGCGACUAAAAAGGCAGCUUCGUCUAAAACAUCGUCACAGGACGACAGCCCUGAUGGCGAAGUAGCUGCAAAGAAACAGCCAGCCAAGAAAGGCAAACGAGGAAAGGCAGUAAUUUUUGAUAGCAGUGACGAGGAUUCUGAUCCAUCCAUGCUCUCUUUAAAGAAACCUACAGCUGCUAAAGGAAAAGUGGUUAAGCCUAAAAAGUCGCCACCGAAAAAGGCGAAAGCAAGCGUAGAAAGCUCCAGUGAUGACGAACCACUGGAAAGUGCAGUUGUUAGCCGAUCAGUUCGCACCGGCAGAUCCAAAGCUCCUGUGAAGUAUUUUGAGGAGGAAAGUGACAGUGAUGACAAAGAGAAUGAAGGCUCAAAGGAAUGGUCCGGAUCAGGAAGUGAUUUUGAUGAUGAUUAGUUUUUGUAUGCCCCAGGCGGGCUCCUCAUCUGUGUCUUUCAAGUGAUACGAUGGUGUAUUGUAGUCUGACGAACUUGGUUUUGCUCAGCGUCUGUCUCCUAUAAAAACGGUUUUUUCCGAAGGAGACAAAUGAGAAUGAAAUCAUCUCCUGCUUGCAUGAUUCCCCCACAGAUGCACUUUUUAUUGGCAUCGUAUCUGUAAAUGAUCUACUCAUUACACUGAAAAUUUUUGAAACACCAUAUAGAGAUUCCUAUUAAAACCAAGGUGAGAAGUUUACCUGACAACUCAUUGUA